UGAGGUUGGCUACGGCUGAGGCCCGGUUUCCAGUCAGUAUCCGCCCCGGCUCCCUCCGCUUUCUACAUUGCGAAGCGCCCGGCACUGGCGCCUGGAGCGUCCUCCGGUUCAUCUUUGGAAAGCCAGGCGAAGACCUCUGCUCUCUGUUUGGAUUACUUGAUUUACGAGACGCUGUCAGCGAGACUUGGAGUUUUCACGGCUGUGACCCUCCCCUCCCUGUUUCUGUACUUGUAUGUGUUGGUGGAAGUUUGGAGCUCUUUGGAGCUCUUGUUUACGUGGAAAAUUUGAGCCAUUUUGAAUCCAUUAAAGGUGCAGACGCUGCUAGCAAUGAGCUCCCAAAGCCAUCCAGAUGGACUUUCUGGCCGAGACCAGCCCGUGGAGCUGCUGAACCCUGCCCGCGUGAACCACAUGCCCAGUGCGGUGGACGUGGCCUCGGCACUGCCUCUGCAAGUGGCCCCCACGGCAGUGCCCAUGGACCUGCGCCUGGAUCACCAGUUUCCCCUGCCUGUGGCGGAGCCGGCGCUGCGGGAGCAGCAGCUGCAGCAGGAGCUCCUGGCGCUGAAGCAGAAGCAGCAGAUCCAGCGGCAGAUCCUCAUUGCCGAGUUCCAGCGGCAGCACGAGCAGCUGUCCCGGCAGCACGAGGCCCAGCUGCACGAGCACAUGAAGCAGCAGCAGGAGAUGCUGGCCCUGAAGCACCAGCAGGAGCUCCUGGAGCACCAGCGCAAGCUGGAGAGGCACCGCCAGGAGCAGCAGCUGGAGAAGCAGCACCGCGAGCAGAAGCUGCAGCAGCUCAAGAACAAGGAGAAGGGGAAGGAGAGUGCCGUGGCCAGCACCGAGGUCAAAAUGAAGCUGCAGGAGUUCGUCCUCAAUAAGAAGAAGGCCCUGGCCCACCGGAGCCUGAACCAGUGCAUUUCCAGUGACCCCCGCUACUGGUACGGGAAAACGCAGCACAGUUCUCUUGACCAGAGUUCUCCGCCCCAGAGCGGGGUGUCGGCCUCCUACAACCACCCGGUCCUAGGAAUGUAUGACGCCAAAGAUGACUUCCCUCUUAGGAAGACAGCUUCUGAACCUAACCUGAAAUUGAGGUCCAGGCUUAAGCAGAAAGUGGCUGAGAGACGGAGCAGCCCUCUCCUGCGCAGGAAAGAUGGGCCUGUGGUCACUGCUCUAAAAAAGCGUCCCUUGGAUGUCACAGACUCUGCGUGCAGCAGUGCCCCGGGGUCUGGGCCCAGCUCACCCAACAGCAGUUCCGGCAACGUCAGCACUGAGAAUGGCAUCGUGCCUGCUGUGCCCAGCGUCCCAGCCGAGACCAGCUUGGCGCACAGACUUGUGGCUCGAGAAGGCUCGGUCGCCCCACUCCCCCUCUAUACGUCACCGUCUUUGCCCAACAUCACCUUGGGACUUCCUGCCACCGGCCCUGCUGCUGGUGCAGCGGGCCAGCAGGAGGCUGAGCGACUGGCUCUUCCUGCCCUCCAGCAGCGGAUCCCCCUCUUCCCCGGCACCCACCUCACCCCCUACCUGAGCGCCUCUCCUCUGGAGCGGGAUGGUGGGGCGGCUCACAACCCUCUUCUGCAGCACAUGGUCCUGCUGGAGCAGCCGCCUGCACAGACGUCCCUCGUCACAGACUGGUAUCUUUCAGGCCUGGGAACGCUGCCCCUCCACUCACAGCCCCUGGUUGGUACGGACCGGGUGUCCCCAUCCAUCCACAAGCUGCGGCAGCACCGCCCUUUGGGGCGCACACAGUCGGCACCACUGCCGCAGAACGCACAGGCGCUGCAGCACCUGGUGAUCCAGCAGCAGCACCAGCAGUUCCUGGAGAAGCACAAGCAGCACUUCCAGCAGCAGCAGCUGCACAUGAGCAAGAUCAUCCCCAAGCCCAGUGAGCCGCCACGGCAGCCAGAGAGCCACCCCGAGGAGACGGAGGAGGAGCUCCGGGAGCACCAGGCCCUGCUGGAUGAGCCCUAUCUGGACCGGCUCCCAGGGCAGAAGGAGGCGCACACGCUGGCCGGUGUGCAGGUGAAGCAGGAGCCCAUAGAGAGCGAUGAGGAAGAGGCGGACCCCACACGGGAGGCGGAGCCAGGCCAGCGCCCACCCACUGAGCAGGAGCUGCUCUUCAGACAGCAAGCCCUCCUGCUGGAGCAGCAGCGCAUCCACCAACUGAGGAGCUACCAGGCGUCCAUGGAGGCUGCCGGCGUCCCAGUGUCAUUCAGCGGCCACAGGCCUCUGUCCCGUGCACAGUCCUCCCCAGCGUCCGCCACCUUCCCUGUUUCUGUCCAGGAGCCCCCCACCAAGCCAAGGUUCACCACAGGCCUCGUGUACGACACCCUGAUGUUGAAACACCAGUGUGCCUGUGGGAACACCAACAGCCACCCUGAGCAUGCGGGGAGGAUCCAGAGCAUCUGGUCCCGCCUGCAGGAGACGGGCCUCCGCGGCAAGUGUGAGUGCGUCCGCGGCCGGAAGGCCACUCUGGAGGAGCUGCGGACGGUGCACUCCGAGGCCCAUGCCCUCCUGUACGGUACAAACCCUCUCAACAGGCAGAAGCUGGACAGUAAGAAACUUCUAGGCUCGCUGACCUCCGUGUUUGUCAGGCUCCCCUGUGGUGGUGUUGGGGUGGAUAGUGACACCAUAUGGAAUGAGGUGCACUCAUCAGGGGCAGCUCGUCUGGCCGUGGGCUGUGUGGUGGAGCUGGUCUUUAAGGUGGCCACUGGAGAGCUGAAGAACGGCUUUGCUGUGGUCCGCCCCCCAGGACACCACGCCGAGGAGAGCACACCCAUGGGCUUCUGCUACUUCAACUCCGUGGCCGUGGCGGCCAGGCUGCUGCAGCAGAGGCUGAGUGUGAGCAAGAUCCUCAUUGUGGACUGGGACGUGCACCACGGGAAUGGGACCCAGCAGGCUUUCUACAGUGACCCUAGCGUCCUCUAUGUGUCCCUGCACCGCUAUGACGACGGGAACUUCUUCCCAGGCAGCGGGGCACCUGAUGAGGUGGGCACAGGGCCAGGCGUGGGCUUUAAUGUCAACAUGGCUUUUACGGGUGGCCUCGACCCCCCCAUGGGAGACACAGAGUACCUGGCAGCCUUCAGGACUGUGGUCAUGCCGAUCGCAAGUGAGUUCGCCCCGGACAUGGUGCUGGUCUCGUCGGGCUUUGACGCUGUGGAGGGCCACCCCACGCCUCUCGGAGGGUACACACUCUCUGCCAAGUGUUUCGGGUACCUGACGAAGCAGCUAAUGGGCCUGGCUGGUGGCCGGGUCGUGCUGGCCCUCGAGGGAGGCCAUGACCUGACGGCCAUCUGUGACGCCUCUGAAGCCUGCGUGUCUGCCUUGCUGGGAAACGAGCUAGAGCCUCUGCCAGAAAAGGUCUUGCAGCAGAGACCCAACGCCAACGCUGUCCGCUCCAUGGAGAAGGUCAUGGAGGUCCACAGCAAGUACUGGCGCUGCCUCCAGCGCCUGUCCUCCACCGUGGGGCGCUCUCUGAUCGAGGCUCAGAAGUGCGAGAACGAAGAAGCAGAGACAGUGACCGCCAUGGCCUCGCUGUCCGUGGGCGUGAAGCCCGCCGAGAAGAGGCCGGAAGAGGAGCCCAUGGAGGAGGAGCCGCCCCUGUAGCCGCGGAGCUGCUGUGCUCUCCUUCGUCUGUCUCGUCUUGAAGCUCAGCAAGAGACUUGCCCGUGUCACCGCAUCCUCCUGCAGCGCUCUCGCAGCGCAGGGCCACGAGGCGUGCAGCGGCAGCGGGAGGCCAUCCGGGUCUGGGCGCGUGCAAGGUGACCUGCAGCGUCACUGGACUCGGGCGGCGAGGAGCGGGCCAGACACGCGCCAGCCACGUGCACCCUGGCGUGCACCCUGGCGUGCUAGGAGCCGCGAGGGACAAGGCUGUGGCAGCCUGGGCAGAGUGGCCGGGUUAGUUGACACGCAGAGAGAAAGCGGAAAUCAAAGACCUAACAGUACACGACACACUUGAUUAAAACUGGUGCUUAAGUUUGAUUCUCACCCACAAACCCACAGUCUCCGUGUAGACACUCGGCUCAUCUUGUAGCUUUUUUUUUAAGAGUAAGUUUUCUAUGGCUCUGGCCCGCCUCACGGCCCGGCGGUGCGCCGCGGGGGCCGCAGGAGCCGGACAGAGUUGGACAAACCUUUCAAGAAAAUAACUGGACAAAACAGAACCGUGAGCCUGGGCAUCGGCUUGAGCUUCUCAAAGCCAUCGGAAGAUGCGAGUUUGUGCCUUUUUUUUAUUGUUCUGAUGGAUUUUUGUGGCUGGGUUUUCUGAGUCUGAGGAACAAUGCCUUAAGAAAAACAAACAGCAGGAGUUGGUGGGACCGUUUCCUGUGGGGUACAGCCUGGUGCUGGCCUGAUGCUGUGAGGGCAGGUGGCAGAUGCCACUGAGGGCCGAGGGCCGAGGGCCGUGGUCUGGCGGCCUUGUUUGGCUUUAUUGCUGUUUAAGGAAUCUGGAGGUAGUUCCAAAAAAGCGGCAAACACUGUUGGGGUUUUGAAGUCCAACAAAUUUUCAAUGAAUCCAAAGUGUUCUUUUUCUCAUACGUCAUGUAGCAAUUGAGCAUCUCCAUUCGGUUGUGAAGCAUGUCCUGGGCACACCUGCAGUGUCACGGUCGGAAUGCUUUUACUAAAAGCAGGUAGCAUGAAGUAUUGCUUAAAUUUUAGGUAUAAAUAAAUAUAUACGUGUAUAAUAUAUAUUCCAAUGUACUCCAAGCUAAGAAACUUGAUUCUUAUGAGAUCUUGAUAAAAUAUUUAUAAUGCAUUUAUAGAAAAAGUAUAUAUAGAGAGAGAGAUAUAUAUAAAAUAAAUGCAGAUGGUGACAGUCCCUGGUGAAUGGAGGACCUGUGGCUGAGCUCCGAGGUGCUUAGGGGACGGUCUGGAUGAACCUCAUUUGGAGCCCCAGCUGGCCGGCUUUCAGGUCAGAUCACAGCUCGCUCAUCCCUGGGCCUUCCCUGCCAGCGUGUACUUUAAUUUUAAUUAUUUUCUAACAGAGCCCCUCCCUCUUCAAGCCUCCAUGCACAUAUGUACCUAAUGAGUUUUUAUAGCAAAGAAUAUAAAUUUGCUGUUGAUUUUUUGUAUGAAUUUUUCACAAAAAGACCCUGGAUAAACAUUGUUUUGUGAAUUUUACAUUUUUCCUUACCAUUUAGUAGUUUUCCAAAUGGUGAUAAUGUCUAAAUAUUUUUUCUUUCUAAGUUCUUGCUUGUGCUUUUCUUGACUUGGAGGUUUUUAUUGUGUGUUCUGUACCGUGGGCGGAGUCUGCGGCAGGCAGACUGCUGCCACCAGCUGGCUUGUAGGAGGGGCUGAGGGUGGCACCCCGCGCCAGCCCUUCCCGGUUCUGCCCAGUUCUGCCCAGCAGCCAUACAGGAAGCCAGGCUCUUUGCCUGCAGCACUAGUAGUAUUACGGGGUGGUAUGUGCUCCCCGGGCAGGGACGGGCCAGGCUGUGGCUCCAGCUUUCCAAAGACCUCUGAGGCACAUUGGCCACUGUGGCUUGGAGCAGGCCCUGCCCCUGCAGUCCCUCUGCAGCCCUGCGGCCUGGGCCCUGGCUGGAGCAGCAGGCCUGAGGGGGCCUGAGCUGGGGAACGGAGGCCCUGUGCCUGCUGAGCUGUGGAGCAUUCAGGUCCCUGAAGGGCCACCAGCCUGUGUCUGUGCUCUUUUUCUGUGACAGUAACUGACAGUCACUUUUUACUGGUAACUUAUUUUCUAGCACUUGAAGCCACCGAUUUCAUUCCAAAGUGUGUCACAUUUGGACUCCUGGGAGGAAGUUCCUGUCUCAGAAGGGCUUCUGAGUGUGGUGAAGUUUACAGGGUAGACACGCAGCCAGACUGGACUGAGUGAGUGCAGCUCCUUAGACUCUUGGUCGCUUGGCUGCUGUUGGUCAGUGUGAGACAGUGCUUGGAGAGCAGGAAGCAGGGCAGAGAGGCCUUGGGACUCAUUGACUCCCCCACUCCUUACUGGCCACUCUUGGUUCUGAAGCCCUCGGGGGCAGAAAGAGCUGGUCUGCAGGGCCCAGUGGCCCUUCUCCUUUUGUGGCACUGCAUGGUGACUGGGCCCAGCAGCCAGCCCUUCUGACCCCUAGGUCCACUCUCCACACGCCCCAUGGGGCCCUGACACCUGCCCUCUGCUGCCAGCGAGGCUUCUGGGGGGAUGCAGAGUCUCUCUGUCCUUGAGGUGAUGGGACAGCUGGGCUGGCUGGUGGCAGGUUAGCACUGGAGGGGCUCACGGUCUCCUUCAGACGGAGUCGCCUCUGCCCAGAGCCUGGCCGGGGAGGUGCGUGGUUGUGCAGAAGCAGCACCAGGUAGCCUUUUAUUUGGAGACACACUUGGCCCCUCUCCAUGGCCAGCCCCCAGGGCAGAUGGCCGAGGGUCUGCCUGGGCCUCUGGGGCAGACCACGGCAGGGAGGGCCCCUUUGUACAUGUUCCCUGUCUGGUCCUUGGACCUGCCGCCUUUUUCUUCCUCUGAGAGGCCUUGGGGGGUCACUGGCCAGGAGCCCAUGAGAGCACUUUACAUCCCUUUAAGGGAAACCCCAAUCAGUGAGGCCACCGGAUGCAUGGGGCCACCUGCCCUUGGGGCUUCCAGCUGCGCCAUGACGUGCCCACGCCCCACCAGCAGGCCGCGCCCGCUGGGCCUGGCCGACCCUGCAUCCCGGGGCUCUGGUACCUGAGGGCCACUUGUCAAAGUGUUUCAGUUUUUCUUUACUUUUAGAGUCUGUUUCCAGGAGGAAGGUCAUUUUGCAGUGGUUCAGCACAGAAGCGGGCCUGCAUCCUGCAGCUUAGCAGUGGACGUGUGUCCAUGCUCCGGCAGAGCAUGCCUUCCUUGCUGGUGACAGCCACGUGCUCAUUCCAUUCUUCUUUUGUAGACUUUGGGCCCACGUGUUUUAUGGGCAUUGAUAUAUAUAUAAAUAUAUAGAUAUAAAUAGAUGAAUAUAUUUUUUUAAGUUUCCUACACCUGGAAGUUGCAUGGACGGAACGCCAGCAUGUCCUACGUUGUAUACGGAUUUGCACGCCAAACUCGGCAGCUUUGGGGAAGAAGAAAAAUGCCUUUUUGUUCCCCUCUCAUGACAUAGAAAUCCUUCUGUAGAACAAAACAGAACCUUGCGGGAGAGGAGAGGGGAGUUUGAGUCUCGUGGAACUUAUUCUUAAAGAAAUUGUACUUUUUAUUGUAAGAAAAAUAAAAAGGACUACUUAAACAUUUGUCAUAUUAAGAAAAAAGUUUACCUAGCACUUGUGACAUACCAAUAAUAGAGUUUAUUGUAUUUAUGUGGAAACAGUGUUUUUAGGCAAACUGCAGCUUGGGGGGGGGGGGGCUGCCCCCCCCCCCCGCAGUUGGGUUGGGGGGGUUUUGUUCUGUUUUCUGUUGUUUCUUCUCUUUCCUUCCACAGGCCAGGCGUGCACUGCCCGCCACCGGCCCUGUGACCAUUUGUUCUGAUUGAGAACUGGGGUCUGAGGACCCCCUCUUGUGCACACGCCUGGCUGUUGUCACGGGUGGUGUGCGGCCCGGGCGGCCCGGGCGCUGGGUCGGGAGGCGUUCCCCCAGCGCCGCGUGGCUGGUUGGCUCGGCCUCACCUUGACGUUGAUUAAAAGUCUCCUUCUCAAAGCAAGUGAGCAGUUCUGUUCUUUGGUGUGUGUGCUCCACGAUGCAGACACGAUUCUCCAGUUUGUGAGAAUGACAGACCUAAGUCAUAGAUCCACGCACAUCCACACGGAGGGAACGAGCCGGUUCACCCAAGAGCGUUUCCCAGAUGUGGGUAAGCAGGCGGGGCCUGCGUGGGCUCCACAGGCCACAGCCACCGCCAGCGCCUGCCACCGUUUCCUGACUGCCUGGACCUGCCCAGGCCCCUCUUGCUUGGUGGAGCUGGACACCUUGUUUUGGGAUUCUCAUCCUCAUUUUGUUCUGUGUGGGUGAUUUUUCACGACUGCAGUGUCCUCUGACGGUCCACUUGUCUCCACCUCCUGGAGUGCAGUGUCCUAUAACCCCAUGCACCUGUCCCUCUUGUGGUGUAAAUAAAGUCUGCAUUGAUGCCUGCA